CCUAAACAAACAUGGAAUAAUGACACUGAAAUAUUUUCCUAUCAUUUCACCCGGUAAUCAUCAGUUUCUGCAGAGCACAGUUAGUUUCUCAGCCUGAUAAAGCGCGCGUCUAACUGGGAGCGCGGGUAAGUUGACCCCGGCUCAGUGGCUGCUGGCGGACAGAGCACGAGGAUGGCUUUUCCAUAUGUGCUACGCUGUCCUCGGCAGGUGAAAGCAAGCCUUCAAGUCUGUGGGUAUGCAACACUCAGCAAAGCAUCCAGACCCCAGGAGAAGAGCAGCAGUGGUCCAGUUUUUCAGUAUGUCGGCCAGCACAAAAAGCCAACCCACAAAGUGUUUGUGUGGGGCUUCAGCUUCAGCGGCGCACUCGGGAUCCCCAGCUUUGUGGUCCCAGACAGUGGCAGGAAAAAGCCCCGCAAAUACCAGCUUACUCCUUACCGCCUUGAGACCGCAGAGCAGAUCUCUUCUGCUGCUUGUGGUUACGGUUUCACUCUCAUCGCGUCCUCGACCAAAGAUGUGACCAAGCUGUGGGGUAUGGGCCUAAACAAAGACUCUCAGCUGGGCUUCCAGCGCACUCAACACAGCCGCCAUAAGAGCUACGACUACAUGUUAGAGCCGUCCCCGGUGGCCCUGCCUCUUGUCGAGCCUCUGCAGACCAGAGUGAUUCAGGUUUCAUGUGGCCGGGCUCACUCUCUUAUCCUCACCGACCGAGAGGGAGUUUUCAGUAUGGGCAACAACGCCUAUGGCCAGUGUGGAAGGCAGAUAGUAGAAGAUGAAGUCUACAGUGGCAGUCACAUCAUUCACAAGAUAGAAGGCUUCAGCAGCCGGGUCACCCAGGUGGCAUGUGGGCAGGACCACAGCCUUUUCCUCACAGAGACGGGAAAAGUGUUUGCCUGUGGUUGGGGUGCAGAUGGGCAGACGGGUCUUGGUCACCACAACACCAGCUCGAGUCCGGUGGAGGUGGGAGGAGAUCUAGCCGGGGUGGAGGUGCAGCAGAUCAGCACGUAUGGAGACUGCAGCCUGGCUGUUUCCAAAGAUGGGGAGCUGUAUGGAUGGGGCAACUCUGAAUACCGGCAGCUGGCCUUGGUCACAGAGGCCACACAGAUCAACUCUCCUCGUCAUCUUCCUGUGAAAGGCUGCGGGAAGGUGGUUCAGGCAGCAUGUGGAGGCACGCAGGUGGCCAUUCUCAACGAAAAAGGAGAAGUGUUUGUGUGGGGAUACGGUAUCCUUGGAAAAGGCCCAAAGCUAUCAGAGUCUUCAACCCCAGAGAUGAUUCCCCCAACACUGUUUGGACAGUCUGAGUUUAACCCCUCGGGAGUUGUCACCAGGAUCAGGUGUGGCCUCAGUCAUUUUGCUGCAGUGACAGACCGGGGUGAGCUCUUCGUGUGGGGGAAGAAUGUGAGGGGUUGUUUGGGCAUUGGGAAGAGAGACGACCAGUACUUCCCAUGGCGGGUGACUGUGCCAGGUCAAGUAGUGGAUGUAGCGUGUGGUGUUGACCACAUGGUGGCGCUGGCAAAGUCCCUCCUGUGAGCUCUUGUCCUUGCAAGCGGUGGAUGAAAGCCUGGAUGUUUGGGCCGAGGCCUCCCGCUGACCCCCAGGUGCCCCGGAGAGCCGACUGGAGGCCUGUCUGGAGUCUCGAAGCCAGCUGCUCUCCACAGGCGGCGGACCCGGUCACGCGCUGAUGUCAGCGGAGUGCAGAGCAGAUGAUUGUGCAGCAAACUUCCACUGACACAGCUCAGUUUAUUCUUUAUUCUUAAGGUCAUAUGGGAAAAACAUCCAAGCCUCAUCUUAUUACAACUGGAGCUGAAAUGAGUCGUCAGUGACCGUGACUCUUUCUGUGAAUCAGUCUGAAGGUUUUCAGUUUUUUUGAGAACAAACUUAAUAUAUUAUUGGCUUUUGGACAUAAUGAAACAUUGGAUCUGGUCUGGACUAAAAACUGAAAUGAAUGUUUGUUUUUCACAUUUUAUAGGCUAAACAGUUCCUCUGCACACCAAAUGAUAACAAAAGCAAACUACAUGCAGCUGUAAUCUUAUUUUUAUCUCUAUCACCAGCAUAAGAUGUGCAAACAAAAAAAAAAAAAUGUUGACACAGUCAGCUUUGAUGUGGUUAAAACUGUAAGCUAUAACUUUAAUUUUCUCUCAUGUGAUUCAUUUGCUACCACACCAAUGAAAAAUGAAAUCUGCGGCCGGUGGAGCGUGUCAUGACAGACUCUCGCGGUUUGGAAUGAUUUCAAACAGUAUGUAGCAGCGCUUUUAUUCUCUGCGGCACUAUAAAAUGUUUGUAAAACACUGCACCAGUUGAAAAAGCCAGUGACAGCAAAACAAUCCACAAAAAUGAUUAUUUCCCUGCCAACUGCAAAUGGAGGUGAAGGCACUCAGCCCGAGGGAGAAAACAGGUUUUGAGAAAUCAAUUUUACAACUCGAGCUCCCGUGUCAUCGGUCGUGCCCAAAUGUUCUGCAUACAUAAGCUCGGCGAGCGUAGCGGAGGGCUACAGAAACUACAAUCAUGUCACGCUGACAGGGUGAGAAGAUGCUGAUUGUAGAACUGUUCAGGCUGAAAAGUGGCUUCUGAUGGCUACAAAAUGAAACCUAAAAAAAAAAGGGAACAAUUUGCUAAGUUGUUUGUCGUGUUGUGUCUGCUUUCCAAAUGAAAUUCAGUGAAUGGCACAGAAGCAAUGGCCCUUCAUAUCCUACAUCAAAAUAAAUGCUUUUUUCCCCCCAAUUACACAUCUUUUUUUUUGUUGAUGUAUUAGACUUUAAAAACUGUUAAUUUCUGACAACGUCCGAGUAGGUUUCCCCACAAAAACUGCAAAUUUUGUGUUUUUUGUAUUUUUCUUAUAUAUGAAAUGUUAUAGAGGAGGAUGCUCAUAACAAUUGGCCAAAGUUUGUUAUCCCUGUCAUAGGCUGGUGACUUAGAAUUGCAACGUGCAGUUACAUUUCUUGGACAUUGGAUGUCAGGUUAUAGUAUAGAGUUUUGCAGUUGUGCUAUACCUACAGUGUAGAUGUAGCGCAGAAACAUAAAUCCCAUUAGAGAUUGGCUCCAGCCCCCCCUGUGACACGGCAACUGAUGAGAAGUUGAGAAGAUGGACACCCAGAUAACCAGGGAUGCAGCUUUGGCUGUGAGCACAGCACCCCCACCUUAUUUGCUGUUCAAACCUUCUGUUUGUGAGGGGAAGCCAAUCAGAGGAAAAGGAGAGAAAAUGAACUGCACCAAGGCCUAGUAUAAGAUCAGGGUUGUUUUGAACUGUGAAUCAGGCAAAAGAGAGUCCAAAACUAAAAAUGUGGAGCUGAAAAUGAGCAGUGAAUGCACCCGUUGCAUCAAUGACAUCAAGUCUGGUCAUCCUAGGUUCUUGGAUGACCAGCUCAACCUAUCCUUAACAUUCUCCCCUGUCACACCAACCCUCUGGAAGUCCUCCUCCACUACAUCCAUGUAUCUUCUCUGUGGGCUUCCUCUUUUCCUCCUGCCUAGCAGAUUCAUCUUCAAGGUACUAGUCACAAAUUGAAUGAUCAAGCAUGCAUGCUGUAUCUUAACUCAUAAAUGGUACUGAUACUUGCAGUGUUUCCAUGUUACCAAACUUUUGACCUGAUUUGCCUUUUGUCCUUUUGUCCUGUCUCUUUCUGCUAUUCUGAUUUCUCUUACACGCUCACUAUAAACUGAUUUUCAACCUAGAAUCUAACUCU